AUGAUACUUUAACAAUCAAUACUACACAACGAAGAUGAAAAAGAAUAAAUAAGAAGAGAUUUUGAUGUUUUCAGUAUUGAAGAAGUAUUUAUUAAAUACUAUUAUGUAGUUGAAUAAUGAAUUGAGAGUUCAAAACAAUUAAGAAUUGUUAAGGAAAGUUCAUGAUUUAUUUUUUGAUAUAAAAGCAGAAGAGUAAGAAAUCUAUUAAGAAGAAUUAUAAUCACAAAUGUAAGAUGAAUAUGAAGACAUGCUAAUCAAUUACAAAAACAUUUCUAAUUCCUAUUUAAAACUUAUCCCUUAAAGUGAUUUAUAGUUAGCUCAAAAUUACACAGACUAGUAACUAUCAUAAUUUAACUAGAUAUCCACUUCUAGCAAUAAGAAAACGAUUGUUAAUAUUUCAAAAAAGAGUUUCAUUAUUAGCAACUAACAUUGUUACUAAUACUAUCUUUGAAAUCAUAACAAUCUUUAUUAUUAUAUUUAAUUCAAUAAUGUUGGCAUUGGAUGAUCCAACCACUGAAGAACAAACAGAAUUUGCCAACCUAAUGGAUUAAAUAUUUUUAAUCUAUUAUACAAUUGAAGCUGUCUUAAAGAUAAUAGCUUAAGUAAAGUAUUCUCUAAAAUAGGGAUUAAUAUUACCAAAGAAAGCAUAUCUAAGAGAAACAUGGAACAUUUUAGAUUUCUCAGUCAUCAUUACUGCCUAUUUACCUUUUUUUGUAUCUUCAAACUCAUUAAAUCUUAAUUCUUUACGAUCCUUUAGAGUCUUAAGACCACUUAGAACAAUAUCUUCAAUAAAGUCUCUGAGAAUGAUAUUGUUAGCAUUAUUUGCAUCUUUAGCUUAAUUAAGAGAUGCUGCUAUAGUAUUAGUUUUCUUUUAUACUAUUUUUGCAAUUGCUGGAGUUUAAUUAUUUUCAGGAUAUCUCAAACGACGUUGUUUCAGCGAAAUUGGAAUAAAAUUAUUAACUAAAUUUGAAAUAAAUGCUUAUUGUGCAAUUGAUUCAGAUUGUCCAACAGAUUACAUUUGUGGUAAAUAAAUUAGAAAUCCUGAAAGUGAUUUAAUAAAUUUUGAUACUUUUGGUUGGGCAUUUCUUUAAGUCUUUGUUAUCACAACUCUUGAAGGAUGGUCUAAAAUAUCAGAAGCUGUUAUUCUUACAUUCUCUGAAUUUGUGAUCUUUUAUUUCUUACUUGUAAUUAUAGUCGGAGCCUUUUUUCUUGUUAAUUUAACACUAGCUGUCAUUAAAUUAAAUUUUAAACCUGAAAAAAUUGAAGAAGAACUUAAAUUAAUAUCUGAUGAUAUUGAAUUUUAUGAUUAUUGGGAAUUAAGAAAGCUUGGUCUAUAUAAAACAAAAAGAUAUACUGUAGAUAUAAUCAAUUAUGGUGCUUCUGAAUAAAAAUCUUAUCAACCAUAUUUUAUUCGUCCUAAAUCUAGAAAGGCCAACACUGUUAAUUUAAAUAAUAUUGAAAAUAAUUAUAAACCACCAACCUAUAAAAAUAUCUAGUUUAAAGCUAUCUAAUAAGCUAAAUAUUAUAGUAAAUCUAUCAAUUUGAAAGACAAAGUUAAACUAUAAGGAAUCUAUGGAAUGGGAAAUAUUGAAAAAGAUUUAUUUCCUAAUAAUAAUAAACUUGAUUCAAUCUUAAAAUAAAAUGACAAUCAUUCUAUAUCUUCCAAAACGAAUGAAUUAAAGAAAUAAUCAUCAGAAAAUCUAAUUCCAAGUGAAAAUAAUUUAGAUAGGUAAGAUAAAUAAUAAAGAAUAAUGUCAGUCAAAUCUAAAAAUUAAACUAAUAGCAAUUAUAGUAAAAAUGGUGAUUAAGAUGAAAAUUAAAAAGUUGAUAUUCCUCAUCCAAGAAAAAGAAAAUCUACCUCGCAAUAAUUUUUAAAUUUCGUAAGAUCACCUUCUAAAUACUCUAAAACUAUCAAAAUUAUUAAUAAAAAAGAUAGUAUAGAUUUACUUAGCAACACUGAAUUUAGUAGCAUUAAUUUAAGUGAACUUUCUGAAUAUUAAUGUGAUAAUCGACUUUAAGAAAUUGCUGUUGAUUUAGAACCUGUUGAUUAAAAAAAUAUUGAAUUAAUUGAAAAGGAAAAUGAAUUAAAAGAAUUCAGAACUAUAAGAAAAACAGAACCAAAAAAAAUUAAAGAUUUUAUAUAAAAUGAACAAAAUGAUCAUUAAUUUGAUGAAAAAAAUCUUAAACUCAAAUCAAAAUUACACAGCAUAUAAUUUUAUCCAAUUAUUAAGAUAGACCAUGAAUAAUACACAAGUACAGAAGAGGUUCUUGAAACUAAAUACAUAAAAGAGCUUCAUUUAAAAAAAUAAGUUUAAGAAUACAAAUUUAAAACAAUGAGUGUAAAAAUUUAAUAUUGUUUUAAAAAUUCAAAAUAAAUCAUAUUUAGUUAAUAAUCUCAAAAAUCAAACCAUAAAAAAUAAUAUACUACUAUUUAAAAUUAGAAGUAAUAAAUUGCUAAAAAACUAAAAGUAUUUCAUGGAAUAAGACGGAUUAAGCCUAUAUUAGAUGAUAUACAUCCUGUUGAAGAAUUUCUAAUGUUAUCUGAGUUAGUUGAUUCUGAGACUCGCCGUGAAGAAGAAUAAGAAGUAGAUGUACAGAACUCAUAAAACCCACUUAUGGACACUUACGAUCAUUUAAAAAGGAAAAAAAAAAAUUAGAUGAAUUAGAAGUAAGAAUUAACAUAUUAAGAACUAUAAUCUUACUUUUUUGAUACUAAUGAUUGCAUUGUAGAUCUUAAUAAGAAUCAAACUGUAAUAAGAGAAAUUGAGUAAAACAAUAAAAACAUCUUUUUGUCAUAUCACGAAAGAGAGGCAUAAAGAGCAGUGUUUUAUCAUGAUUAUUAUGAAAUAAGGAAAAAGGAUACAUUAUCAAAUGGAAUUAUUUAAGCAAUAUCAUCUAUUGAAGAUGUGUUAUUGGUAUCAGAUUAUACAUUUUUUGAUUAAAAGUUUGCAAUUUAAAUGAAUUCAGUUAUGAAGGCAAUGAAUUAUGAUGAUAAUGCUUAUUUUAAAUGGAUAAAAGGAUUCACUGGUUUAUUAUUGGUAUGUUAGAGGAAUUUGUAUCAUUUUAUAUAAUCAAGUAGUUUUGAAGGGAUGAUGAAUUUAGCAGUAGCAUUAAACACAAUAAUUUUGGGUUUGGAUGGAUUGAUUUCAGAAGAAAGUAAUGCUUUUUUAGUUUAAUUUAAUUUUACAUUUACAAUAUUGUUUACAGUUGAAUUAGGAUUAAAAAUGAUGGCUUUGGGAGCUAUAACAUAUAUGAAGGAUACAAUGAAUAUUUUUGAUGCUUUAAUAGUAUGUUUGAGUUUAGUGGAGCUUUUUAUAUUGGGAGGAUCAAAUGGAAAGUCUUCAUUAUCAGCAUUCAGAGCUGUUAGAAUAUUUAGAGCAUUUAGAGUAUUAAGAGUGACAAAAUUAAUGAAAAGCUUAUAAUUCAUGGGAUUUUUAAUAAAGGUUUUAACAAAUUCUUUUUAAUCUUUAAUGUAUAUAUUGUUGUUAAUGAUUAUAUUCAUAUUUAUAUUUACUUUAUUAGGUAUGUCUUUUUUUGGUGGUCAAUUAACUGAUACUCCAAGCAGAGAAAAUUUUGAUAAUUUGUAGAGUUCAUUUUUAAUUGUGUUUUAGGUAUUGACAUUAGAAAAUUGGAAUUCUCUUUUAUAUGAAUUAUUAUUGUAACCAUUAAGUCCUGUAAUUACUAUGAUAUAUCUGGUGUUUUGGAUUAUGAUAGGCAAUUAUGUUUUUUUGAAUCUUUUUUUAGCCAUUUUAUUGGAAAACUUUGAGGAAGAAUAUAAAUAAGAUAAGACAGGAUUAGAUUAUGAAAUUUAAUAAGUAAAGAAUAGUUCAACAACAUAAGUAAUGCCACAUUCUACAUUAUAAUAAUCAGGAACAAAUAUAAAUAUGAAUAGUAAUAACUAAAUUUAAUUCACUAAUUAGCCAAUAUUGAGAAGAAGAUCAUAAGUGAAAAUAACUUUUCAUCAUGAUGAAUCAAUAUAAAAGAAGAAGGAACCUUCUUUUAUUUAUUUCAGUGAAUAAGGGGUUUGUUAAAAUUCAUUAUUUAUUUUUAGUUAAUAGAAUUAAUUUAGAAGGAUUGCAUAUAGAAUAGUGAAAGAUAAAAAAUUUGAAGGGUUUAUAUUUAUUUUGAUAUUUCUGACAAGUGUAAAAUUAGUUUUAGAUACUUAUAUUCCAUCUUAAGGAGAUAUUAGAAUAUAUUCAAUUUAAUUUGAUAUAGGAUUUGCAAUAUUAUUUGGAUUAGAAUUCUUAUUUAAAAUAGUAGCAUUUGGAUUUGUUUAAGAAGAAGCUUCAUAUUUGAGAGAAUCUUGGAAUAUUUUAGAUUUCUUUAUAGUAAUAGCAUCUUUUGUGGAUGUCAGUGUAUCUAGUAUAAAUUUAAGUUUUGUGAAAAUCUUAAGAUUGCUUAGAACAUUAAGACCUCUUCGAUUUAUUACUCAUAAUAAAUCAAUGAAGAUUUUAGUAAGUGCAUUAUUACAAUCAAUAAAUGGUAUUUUCAAUGUUGGAAUAGUAAUAAUUUUAUCUUGGUUAAUGUUUGCCAUAUUAGGAGUGAGUUUAAUGAAAAACAAACUUCAUUAUUGUAAUUUAAAUGAUGGGAAAACAUAUUAUUAUGGAUAAGAAGAUUGUAUUAAUAAAUAUUAAGGAAUAUGGGAGAAUAGAGAUAUUAACUUUGAUAAUGUAUUACGAGGAAUGUUAACACUUUUUGUUUUGUCUACUUUAGAAGGAUGGCCAGAUUAUAUGUAUUAUUUUAUAGAUGCUGAUGAAUCAGGUCCUAUUUUUGAAGCUCAACUUCAAUUUUCAUGGUAUUUUGUAAUUUUCAUACUUUUCGGAGCUAUGCUUUUAAUUAACUUAUUUAUUGGUGUUAUUUUAGUUAAUUAUCAUUUAGCUGAAGAAGCAUCAAGAGAUUAAACUCUUACUUAAACAUAAAGUGAUUGGAUUGAUUUAUAAAAACUUAUUAUCCAUUCCAAUCCUAAUAUGGCAAUGUUUUUCCCUCCUGAUAAUCCAUUUAGAGCAAUCUUUUUUAAAUUAAUCAAAUACAAAUAUUUUGAUCCUCUUAUUAUGACUAUUAUUGUACUUAAUAUUAUAACUAUGGGUUUGGCGAAAGAAGAGGCUUCAAAAUAGUACGAUUAAAUCUUAAAUUAUUUAAACCUAUCUUUUACAUUUGUAUUUAUCUUAGAAGCUAUUCUUAAAUUAAUAGCUAUAGGAAUCAUAGGAUAUAUGAGAAAUAGUUGGAAUUAAUUUGAUUUCUUUGUUGUUUGUGCUUCAAUAUUAGAUUUAAUUUUGGAUUUCUCUGGAAAUUCAUUUGUAACAUUCUUAAAGGUUGGACCAUAAAUUGCUAGAGUAUUUAGAGUUCUUAGAGUCACUAGAUUAUUUAGAUUAGUUAAAUAAUUUUAAGGAUUGCAAAAAUUAAUUGAAACAGCACUUUAUUCACUUCCUGCUAUGCUUAAUGUUACAGCUUUACUUUUUCUUGUUUUCUUUAUUUUUUCUAUUCUAGGAGUUUUCUUAUUUUAAGAUAUUAAAACAGGUGAAAUUAUUAAUGACGUUACUAAUUUUUAAGAUUUUCAUCAUUCAUUUGAGAUUCUAUUCUAAUGUUCAACUGGUGAAGAUUGGCAUAAAGUUAUGUUUGAUACAAUGAGAGGAGGUUAAGAAUAUAAUUGUAUCUUUUUCAUUUUCUUUAUUAUUAUUUAGCAAUAUAUCAUGCUAAAUUUAUUUAUCUUGAUUAUUUUAGAUCAAUAUGAAAUUAAUUAUUUCAAUUCUGAUAAUCCAUUAAAUAAAUUUUAAGAAUUUGAAAAUAUUUUUGUUGAAAGUUGGUCUAAAUUUGCUUAUUAAGAUAAAGGUAUGAAAAUGCAUGGAACAGCCUUAGUUAAUUUAAUGUUUGAAAUGGAAUAACCAUUAGGAUAUGAACUUAAUAGAAAAUUAUAAGAAGAUAUCUAAGAAUGGAAGAAUAUUAAUCCAGAUAAUGAUCCAUCUCAAUUAGAUAAAUUUAAAUAAUAACUACUAGUUGCUGCUAAAAAAAAUGUUGCCACUUAAAUUAUGAAAAUGAAUAUUUAUUCUGAUUCUGAUGGUUAUGUUAGAUAUCAUUAAGUAUUAUUUUCAGUACUUAAGAAUUAUUUAUAAAAGAAAUUAAAUUAUAAUCUAACUGAAGUAGGAGCUAAAAAAAUUAAAUAAAAAGAACAUGAAACUAUAUCAAAAAUUACAAAAUCUGAUAUCUCAAAAUCAGAAAAUCUAGUUAAUCCUAUAGUGUAAUAUCUUUUUGUACUCAUGGCAUUCAAAGCAAUGAAAAGAUAUAAGUUUAAAAAGAAAUUGCAAUAAUAAAAAUUAGCUUAAUUAUCUAUUUUAGGUUAAGAGUAUUUCAGUGAUGAUAAUAGUUCUAACACUUCUUAUGAUGGUAAUGCUGAAAUAUUAUCUCGUAAAACUAAAGGAAGUAAUGCAAGAAUUGAACCAGAAUAUGGGUAAGUUAAAUAUUUAUCAGUUCCAAAUACAAUGAUCUAUUAGAAUAUUUUAGCUCUAAAUCAUCAAGUAGUUAGUGAUAGUGAUAAUGAUAGUAGUCAAAAUUAAUCAUCAGAUUAAGAUAAUAGUAAUUUAAGAAAAUUCUAAAAAAUUUCUCAAAAAGUAGAAGGAUUAAAAAGAAGAGGAAGUUAAAAGCAAACAUAUAAAAAAUGA